GUGACGCACGGCCGAGUAAACACCAAUUGAGUUGAGGCUGGGAGCCGCCAACAGAGCCUCAUCUGUACUGCGACUCACUGUUCUCGGAGAGGCUACUCUCCCCCCCCAAAAAAAUACCAAAAGACUUGGUUUUCAAACGGAUAUAUACAAAGCGAUGUUCUUCUGAGAAUUGCGUGACUAUGUCACUUAACUGCCGGCCAGCCAUCCAGGGACCGGUGCAACGUGAUCGGAGGGGCUAGCUGGCUUGGAGUGGCCCUGCCCGGGGGAGGCUGCUGCAGCCCUGGCCGCUGGAAUGUUACGGAAGAGCAGUAGUGGCGGUGGAGCAGUGAAGCGGACCCAGGGGCUGCCUCGACACCUCUCCAACCCUAGCACGGGUUUUCUGUCGGCGGGAUCCACCAAGACCUGGGAUAUGGGUCGUGCGUCCAAGAACAACAACCCUCUGAACAGUAUUGGGCUCGAGUCCCACAUAGUGGGCGCCCCGGGGGUUGACCCGGACUAUGUGAUGCAGCUGGUAAAUGAUGUACGGACGUUCGCCGACGUGUUGCUCAACCUGAAGAAGGCCUUCCAAUCUAAAGAGCUCCAGGAGGGUCUGCAGCCCACGGUGCAGGAGCGCCUGGCCGAGCUGCUUCGAGUCCUGAAGGCCGUCAUCGGCAAACACCCCUCGCUCAACUCGACGGACAUCCUGGGAGCCGCCGGAACGGUCAUCGCAAGGGUCAAAGCCGUCGACUGCAGGGAAGUGAGCCCAGAAAAUAAAAAGGCUAUAUUUGGCGAGAUAUACGCGUCCAUUGACACUUUGGCAUUCACAUUCGGCAAUGUAGUGUCUGACUUCCUUAUGGGAGAUGUGGACAGCGGCCCAGGGUUGGGGAUCCCCCAGACCAGGAGAACCAGGUCUUUUGACAACCUGUCUGUGGAUCCCGGCAGAUAUGGCUCGGAGAAAAGUGACCUCGCAGAGGUGGCGCUGUCGCGGGAGGAGGAAGUGGAUCUGACCCUGCAGAAGAACCAGAGCGGCGUGGAGUCAGCGCUGCUCUACGCCAAAGCCUGGUCCAAAUACAUCAAGGACCUGCUGGCCUGGGUGGAGAAGCGCCUAGCCAUGGAUAUCGAGUGUGCUAAAAGCUAUGGCAAAAUGGCAGAGUCUGCAAAGGCCCUUCUAAGUCAACAGGACUACAUGCCAUUCAGUGACAUCUACGUCUCCACGCUGAAGAAGGACAUUGAGUACAGCCAGCUGCUUGUUCAGAGCGUCAUGGCCCUUCAAACCAACAAGUUCAUCCAGCCGCUGUCGGCCCGUAAGAACGAACUGGACAAGCUGAGGAAGGACAUCAAGGAGCAGUGGCAGAGAGAGCAGAAGAAAAUGCUGGAGGCGGAGGCCAGCAUGCGUAAGGCACGCGCGCUGCAGGCCCAGCGCAGGGAGGAGUACCAGAGGGCGCGCUCGUCCACCAUCCGCUCCCAGGAAGAGCAGCAGCAGCAGACCCAGCCCCCGGCCACGGCGGCGGGCAGCAAGCAGCUGGAGAAGAAGAGGAAGAUCGAGGAAGAGGCCCUGCAGAAGGUGGAAGAGGCCCAGGAGCAGUGCCGGAGCUGCUCGGCGGACGCGGGCGCCCGGCGCAUGGACCUGGCCAACGCCAAGAGCACCGUCCUCACCCAGAUCAGAGAGCUGGUGUUCCGGUGCGACCUCACGCUCAAGGCCGUGACGGUGAACUGGUUCCAGAUGCAGCAGGCGCAGAACGUCACGCUGCCCACCCACUUCCAGGCGCUGAGCGAGAGUGCCAAGCUGUACGAGCCCGGUGAGCGCUACGCUGAGUUUGUGCGCAACCUGCCCCAGGACCUGCCCAAAGGCCGCGUGCACUCGGACUCCGUCUCCUCCGACAGGUUCCUGUUCCACAAGAGGUCGGUGGACAGCAGCCACUCGUCCCAUGGUAACCUGUCCCAGGCCUCCGGCGAGCUGCUCAGCGGAGACGAGGUGGACAGCCCCCUGUACACCCGGCCCGGCAAGUCCAACUGCGUAGGCGAGACGCAAGCGCCGAGAGGCCCGACACGAGCCUGGGCCUCGGGUAGCCAGGGCAGCCAGAGCGGCAUGUGCAGCGACUCAGAGAGCGCGGGAGGCAGUAGCGAGUCCCGCUCCAUGGACUCUCCCACCACUAGCCCCGGCGUUUUCAAACGCCAGCUCCCCAGGACCCCAUCCACAGGGACCAUGUCGUCAGCUGAUGAUCUGGACGAGAGGGAGCUCCCCUCUCCAUCCGACAACGGUCUUGCGGAGAUGGUGACGGAGACAGCCAGCUCCCCGGGGCCCUUCCGCAACGCCCAGAUGUCGAAGGCGGCCCAGAGCCACAAGCUACGCAAGCUGAGGGCCCCUUCCAAGUGCCGGGAGUGUGACAGCCUGGUGGUGUUCCACGGGGCCGAGUGCGAGGAGUGUUCACUGGCCUGCCACAAAAAGUGUCUGGAGACGCUGGCCAUCCAGUGUGGCCACAAGAAGCUUCAGGGACGUCUGCAUCUGUUUGGCAUCGACUUCGCCCAGGCAGCCAAGAACAGCCCAGACGGAGUCCCCUUCAUCAUCAGGAAGUGCACCUCUGAGAUUGAGAGCCGAGCCCUCAACAUCAAGGGUAUCUACCGUGUGAACGGGGCCAAGUCUCGCGUGGAGAAGCUCUGCCAAGCGUUUGAGAACGGCAAGGAGCUGGUGGAGCUGUCGGACCUCUCACCCCACGACAUCAGCAACGUCCUCAAACUCUACCUGAGACAGCUCCCAGAGCCCCUCAUCCUCUACCGACACUACAACGACUUCAUCGGCCUGGCCAAGGAGUGCCAGCGGGUGCUGGUGGAGGAGGCGGAGGCGGUCCGAGCCGCCGCCCAGACCGCCGAGAAGAGAGGGCCCAGCGUCCAGCUCAACCGAGUCAUCUUUAAGAUCCGGGACCUGCUCCGCCAGCUGCCCCCCGCCCACUACAAGACGCUGCGCUUCCUCAUCGCACACCUGCACAGGGUGACGGAGCAGGCGGAGGAGAACAAGAUGACGGCCAGCAACCUGGGCAUCAUCUUCGGCCCCACGCUGGUGAAGCCGCGGCAGACGGACGCCGAGGUGUCCCUCUCGUCGCUGGUGGACUACCCCUACCAGGCGCUCAUGGUGGAGCAGCUGGUGCGCCACUUCAACGUCAUCUUCGACCGCAACGCCGCCCAGCUCUCCACCUCCGACCUCCAGCUGGCUGCCGGGGGUGGCCAGGCCUCCCCCAGGCUCACCGCCCAGGAGAAGGAGCAGAGGCUCAGCCGCCAUUCCACCUCCCUGAUGGACAUCAAGGAGAGUGGCAGAGUGUACAAGAGGCACUCUUCCGUGAUCCCCUCCGCCCACAUCCUGAACGAGAUGGCGGCGGUCCAGCCCGGCAUGGACAGGACCUCCGCCCUGGUCCUCCUCAACGGCGACCAGACGCCCGCCCCCGGCCAGGACACCCAGAGGUCCGCGCUGGUGUACGGACGGCCCAACCUCCCCCACUCCUCCUCCACCACCACCUCCAUGGUCCCCAAGGUGCAGCUCCGCCCCCAGCGCUCCAGGCUCGCCUCGCGGCCAAUCAGCAUGCCCCUGGAGCGCCUGCCCGCCCCCGCCCUCCACGCGGGCGACCGGAACCACCGGAGCUCGGCGGCCAACGCCAACGCCAACGCCGGCAGCAGCUCGGCGGAGCGGGACUUCGGCACGGACACCAUCCAGGAGGCGGCGGAGCCGGAGAGGCCCGCCCCCGGCACGGCAGCGGUGGCGGCGGCGGCGGGCGGCGCCUCCUCACGGGUCAGCACCUACUACAUCACGCCCUACAUCGACACGCACUCCAUGCAGAGGAGGACGUGGGACAGGAAGUACAAGCACUACGACGUCACGCCCCGGACGGCCAUGAUCAUGGCCAACCUGCCGCCGGCGAGCGCCGCGGUGCCGCCGGCCGCCAGGCCGUCGAACGUUACCACGGCGACGGCCUCUUCCGGAGUAGCGAGCAGCGUCAGCGCCGUGUUCCCCGGCAGCCCGUACGCGGCGUCGGUGAAGCCCGCCUGGUCCGCCAGCCGACGGACUAGCGCCACGGACGGGGAGCCGAGCCCCCUCAUCACCCUCAGGGCGCCCAGGACUCUGCAGCCCCCCCCGGAGACAUUCUAUAAGCCCCCCGUCUCCGCGGGCCCCCAGGCCAGGACACUCCCCAACUGGACCGCCGCCUCCACCGCGUCCACCUCCUCCACCUCCUCCCCGCCCUCCUCCCCCCACAGCAGCCAGCCGGCGGUCGGCGGCGCGUCCCCCCCCUCGCUGAGCCGGCUCCGCUCGGAGGACUCAGGGGAGGGCAGCACCGACUCGGAGGUGUCCCUGCCCUUCGACCCCUUGUCCCCGCCCCCCAGCAGCCCCGACGACCUCAGCCCCGGCGGGGUCAAACCCGUCUACCAAAGACUGCGUAGCCGACGGCUCCAGGAGUUGGAGCACCGAGAGGCUCAUUUUGUCUGAAGCAUCACCACGCCAAAAAACAGAAUACAGUCGUGUCCUCGUUUUGUAUGUGUAAAUAUGAAGAAGAGUGUGUAUAUUGCAAGGAAGAAAAAAUGUGCGUUCUGUGGUAAUGCGAUUGAGAAAGCACGAGUGAGCGAUUGGCGGUUGAAGGCGUAUGGAAGUAAACCACGAAAGUGUUGAAAGAAUAUCUUCUCUAUCUAUCUCAACAUGUCUGCUACUUGUUGACGUUAUGGGAGAUCAAAGUCGAGUAUGUUAGACGUUGUCUAAUGUCUAUUUUUUUCUCUUCAUCUGAGAAACGGACACCAGUCUUUUAACUGUUGUGGGCCUGGUCAAUUGUUUCUCUUUUAAAAUGUUAAUUGUAUUACAAUACAAUGAUUAUAUGUACAGUGACAACAAAGUUAUUUUUAUUGUAAUCACACAAUGCACUUAAUGUACACAGAUUCUGAUUGCAAUGUUGCCUUUUAAAAUGUUGAAUUAUGUUACAUUUGUUCCAUUCUUUAAACCCUGAUCCGAUGGUGUGUUAUUCUAUCAACAACGAGUAGUAUUUUAAGCAGGGGACUUAUUUACCCCGGAAGUUUGGUAAGCAAGAUCCUAUAUUUGGUACAUCUGUUUCAGUAUGUAAACCAUAUGUAUUUGUUUACAAUUUAUAUUCAUUUAUACUGUCCACACCAAUUUUAAUGUGUGUGGCUCGACAGAUCUGCAACGUUUAUUGCUGCAAAUUAAAAGUGUAAUUAAGAAUCAUA